AUGCUUGUUUACGUUGUCUACCGGAAAGCAGACAAGUUUUCGAUUUCAGUUACAGAAAAUGAAAAGGUUGGCCAACUGAAAGAGAAGAUAUGCGAAAUUGGACGCAUUCCAAAGGUGGAACAGAUGCUCACCUUCGAUGGCUACUUUCUCGAGGACGCCUUUCCGCUCUCUGACUACGGAAUAGACGUCAACUCCAUCGUCACUGUAAAUCUCCGCCGUGGAUACUACCCCACCAUCAAGGUGGACUUCGUGCUUCCCAACGGCACCAGCCUGACACUUACCGUCGCCAAAACUGAGACCGUUGCGGGGUUGAAGGGUGUGCUGCAGAAGGCAGCCGGUCUGGUCUCCUGCUCGCAUGAGGUGAUGUUCAAUGGGUAUUUGCUGCAAGACAUGGGACGCGACUUACUGAGUUACGGCGUCAAGGACGCCUCCACUCUAAAGGUAAUUCGCUGUUUCCCCCUGGAGGAGAAGUGUCGUCUGGUGGUUAAGUUGACUGGAGGAAAGGAGUUAAAACUGGAGACCCACAAUGACUGUCCGAUUGAAGAGUUACGCAAUGUCAUUGCAAAGGACACGGGUGUCCAAAUGGACACUAUGCUCCUACUCUACAAUGGUCGUGAACUUCGUCCACCGGGAACGUUGGCGUACUAUGACAUUCAGCGGGAGGCAACAAUCUCGAUGUUACACUCCACGCGUGAGGACUGA